AUGAGCUUGAAAGAAGUAUUCGAACAACAUCCAUGGAGGUCAUUUAAGAAGUUCAAUGAAGCUGCAAAGAGUUGGGGAUUUACUAACAGAGCUGAAGUGAAAAGGUUCUUUGACAAAAAUGUUGUACAUCAAACAAAAAUAAACCCUUACGACUACUUUUUACCAAUUUACUCCAACACUCCUGACGCAUACCAAUUUGACACUCUCAUUCAAAGCAGAAAAGGAGGACAUAAACCAUUCCUCAUCUUCAUUAAUGUUAACACUCGUAAAGCAUAUGCAUAUCCAAUGAAAAAUAAAGGAACUCAUGAAGUUUUAAGAGUUUUACAAAAGUUUGUAGCAGAACAUAG